AUGUCUGAAGAGGAGGACACUUCAGCAGAAGUAGAAGAUAUCUUUAAUCCAUCAAGGCAGUCAGCAGAGCAGCCUCAAUUUAUUAACAAAACAUCAGAUGAGUUAAAUGAAGCUUCUUACUACUGGAAACCUUUCAACCAGAUUUAUGAAACAUAUCCUAUAGAAAAUACAUUACAGUCAGGUUCUUCCUCUGAAAGCAAGACUAACAGAAAUGAAGAACAAAAAAAAUUGGAAUUUUCUCAAACAAGAACUAGUGAUGCCGGCCUACUGUCAAAACCAGCAACUUCACAAAGUUCAUCACAACCCGUAACUGAGACAAUUUCCGACUAUCAGGUUUUCGUUCACUUCCAAUCACGUGAAAAAGCAGAAAAAAUUAGUUCACAAGUCCCUGAAGAAAAUCAGUCAUCUGACCUUAAGUCAGAUGACUUUACGCUUAACCUUGAGGCCAAGGGUUUACAAGAAUUCCCUAAGAACAUUUUAAAAAUCAAAUAUGUAAAAUAUCUGUACUUAGACAAAAACCAAAUAAAAACUUUUCAAGUGGCAGGCUCAGGUGACAUGCUAGGCCUUGAAAUUCUGUCCAUGCAAGAAAAUGCGUUAUCAUCACUCCCACCUGAAAUUCAGCUACUUUAUAAUUUAAGAAUAUUAAACGUCAGUCAUAAUCAAAUAUCACAAAUACCUAAAGAAAUUUCACAACUUGGGAAUUUAAGGCAACUCCUUUUAAAUAACAAUUACAUUGAUAAUUUUCCUUCUUCUGGUUUAGAAAAUCUUAAAAACUUAGAAAUUUUAAAUUUGGGUAAAAAUAAGUUAAGACAUAUACCAGACACUCUGCCUAGUUUGCAAAACAUGAGGGUGCUCAAUCUGGAAUAUAAUAAAUUAACAAUAUUUCCUAAAGCUCUAUGUUUUCUUCCAAAAUUAAUUUCACUAAAUCUUACUGGAAACCUAAUAGGCAGUUUGCCAAAAGAAAUUAGGGAACUUAAAAAUUUAGAAAAACUUUUAUUAGCUCACAAUAAACUUACCUUUUUGGCAGUAGAAAUUUUUCAAUUACGCAAAAUAAAAGAACUCCAGCUGGCUGACAAUAAAUUGGAAGAUAUUUCACACAAAAUUGAGAACUUCAGGGAACUGAGGAUUCUUGUACUUGAUAACAAUUUACUGAAAAAUAUGCCAGAGAAAAUUUCCUGCUGUGUGUUGUUGGAAUGCCUUAGUCUUAAUGAUAAUCAAUUAACAGAACUUCCUAAGAACAUCCAUAAGCUUAAAUAUUUAAAAAUACUCCAUGUAAACAGAAAUAAUAUAGUAAAAAUAACUGAAGGUAUCUUUCAUCUUAAUAAUUUACAUAGCCUGGAAUUUUCAAGAAAUAUAAUCACACAUGUUCCCAUUGAAGUAAAAAACUGUAAAAAAAUUACUAAGGUUGAAUUGAGUUAUAACAAAAUAACAUAUUUUCCAGCAGGACUCUGUGCACUAGAGUUACUUUAUUAUUUGAGUUGUAAUGGAAAUUCUAUUUCAGAAAUACCCAUGGAUAUAUCUUUCAGUAAACAACUGCGUCAUUUGGAAUUUAAUGAAAACAAACUCCUCACAUUUUCUGAGUACUUAUGUUCUCUUAUUAAUCUCAAUUACCUGGAUCUUGGUAAAAACCAAAUAGGGAAAAUUCCAUCAUCUAUUUCCAAUAUGGUAUCACUCCACAUACUUAUUUUAUGCUCUAAUACCUUUGAAACUUUCCCCAGAGAACUGUGUACGUUAAAAAAUUUGGAAGUACUUGAUCUUUCAGAAAACCAUUUACAGACAAUACCUUCAGAGAUAUGUAAUUUAAAAAGAAUCCAGAAAUUAAACUUCUCAAGCAAUCAGUUUGUAUAUUUUCCUAUCGAAUUGUGCCAACUUCAAUCACUGGAAGAGCUAAAUAUAGGUCAGAUCAAUGGGAAAAAGUUAACAAGACUUCCAGAUGAACUGUCUAAUAUAACUCAACUUAAAAAACUUGAUAUCUCAAAUAAUGCGAUCAGAGAGAUUCCAAAAAGUAUAGGGGAAUUGAGAAGUCUGGUUACUUUAUACGCUAACAACAAUCAAAUAAGUUCUCUUCCACCAUCUUUUUUAUCGUUAAAAGAUCUCAAGCAACUAAACAUGAAAGGAAAUAAUCUGACAGAUCUGCCCAGUGCCAUUUGUAGUCUUCUUUCCCUGGAGGAGAUAAAUUUUGAUGACAAUCCUUUGAUGAGACCUCCCAUGGAAAUCUGUAAAGGGAAACAGUUGCAUACUAUUGCAAGCUAUCUACAGAGGGCAGAUGAAAGAGAUGAGAAAAUCUUAGAGAAGACAUUCAAGAUAGUUGCCAACAAUAUUACUGAAACAAGUUUUGAAUUUUUGUGUCAAAAACUAAACCUGGUAAAAUCAGAAAAUAAUAUUCCUACAAAGAGCUUCAUUCCAUUAAAUGAAAGAGCCUACCAAGCAUUUGUGAAAUGGAAAACAGAAAAUAACUUAUCGCUAACUACUGCUGCUUUAAGAGACCAACUAGUUCGGGGACUAAAUAUGAUAGGAGCAUAUGACAUUAUGGACAAAAUAACAGCUUUAAAUCUUUUUACAUGUGCAAUUAAAUUCUAA